UUUUUCCAAAUCAAAGAUAAUCAGCUGUUCUCGUUACUAACGUGACUGUUUGUAAAAUUAAAUUGUAUAAUUGCUGUAUAAAAACACAAGCUAGGCGCAAAACAUCAACAACCGAUGGAUUCCAAUUUGCGCAAUUUCAAAGAUUUUCUCACAUUAUACAACAAAGUGACGGAACUGUGUUUUAGCCGAUGUGUGGAUAAUUUAAACCAGCGGGACCUCGGCGGCCAAGAAGACAUCUGUGUUGACAGGUGUGUUACCAAGUUCGCCCGGUUUAAUCAGAAUAUGAUGAAAGUCUAUGUGGAUGUGCAGACCACCAUUAACGCCAAGCGUAUGGAGGAGGUUGAGGAGAACGCCCGCAAAGCCGAACAGCAGCAGAAGGAGCAGGAAAAGGAGCGACUGAAACAAGCGGCCGCCACAUCAGUACUUACUCCUGUCCAACCGCCUGUCACCGGCAACCUGUCCAUGUAGCAACAGACGUCGGG